AUGGAGAAUAAGAUAAUUAAUCAAAAGGAAUAUUUGAAAAAAUACAUAUCUUUGGGCGAUGGUGACGAGAAAAAGAAGAAAAAGAAAAAGAAGCACAAAACGGGAUCGAAAACAGUAACAAUUAUAGAUGAUGAUAUAGACUUGAAGAAUAUGAGACCAAUUGAAGAAAGUGAAUUUAAUAUCCUUUUAGAAGACGAAGAUGCUCCUCAAAUUGCUGGUAUAAUUGACGAACGUAGAUCAGUCGAUUUCACAGAUAAGAAAAGAUGGAAAAUUAUAACCGAGAACAACGAAGGCGAUUUAACUAUUAUUGAUCGCAUUGUCGAUAAAGAAAGAAGUAAUUUUAACGAGAUAACCGAACAAAUCAAUGAUAAUCUCGAUUUAAGUCCACCAAGAAUUAGGCAUUCCAAAAAUAAACGUAUGGAUUUAAGUCCUCAUGGACAGUCUAAAGAUGAUAGUUCAGAUCCGAGUCCACCUAGAUCUAAACAGUCUAAAAAUAAACGUGCGAGUCCAGAUGAACGAUCAAAAGAUGAUAGCUCUGAGCUGAGUCCACCUAGACGUAAGCAUUCGAAAUAUAAAGAUAUCGACUCAAAUUCGCGCAGACGAGCAAAAAGCGACGAUUCAGAUUUGAGUCCACCUAGAAAAUUUAAAAACUAUGAUUCAGAUCUGAGUCCACCCCGAAAGUCCAGAAAUAAUGACAAUUCUGACUUGAGUCCGCCUAGAAAAUCCAAAAAUUAUGAUUCAGAUUUAAGUCCACCUAGAAAUACGAAACAUCGGACUUCGACUCGCGAUACAUCUGGACGAAGCCACCGGAGUUCAGGUAACAGAGACAGUGACUCGGAUCUUAGUCCACCUAGAAAAAAUCGUAAGAAUCUAGAUACAGAUUUAUAUGAAAGCAGAAAGAAUACAAAGAGCAGAGAUUCGGAUUUAAAUACAUCUCGGCGUGACGAACAUCGAUCCCGAAGAGAUCAUUCGCCACAUUCCACUUCGCGGAGAGACAAAAGGCACGAUUAUCACGAUAAAAAAAGUUCAUUUAGAUCCAAUAGACAAGAUGCGUCAAGGUCAAGCAGGGAUGAACGAGAGAAGAAAUAUGAAGAUAGAGAUCGUAAAUCUCGAUCGUACUCAGAUACACGGGAGAGAAGAAAAAAGACGCGUUGGGACGAGGAAACAGACGAUUCCGAGCGUGGGCGUAUGGGAAAUCGUUCAAAGGAUCAUGACAAUCGAGCGACAAAGACAUUAGACGGAAAAACGGCAGGAUUCCAAGCUGCGAAAGCAUUGCGAGAAGAAACUGAAGCCCAUAAACGGCAAGAGGCGGAGCACUUUAGCAAGUUAAGUAAAGAGAUUACCGGAGAAGGACAAGCUACGAUUAUGCGUGACAAAAUGGGAAGAAAGCGAAAUUUGGAAGCAGAAACAGCAGAAAAACGGGAAGAGGAAAUGAAGCAACGAGAGAUCGAGGAAAAGUAUGCAAAAUGGGGCAAAGGCUUGAAGCAAGUGGAGAAUCACGAGGCAAAAUUAAAAAGUGACUUAUAUGAGAUGAAUAAGCCUUUGGCGAGAUACGCAGAUGACGCAGAUCUAGAUAAAGAAUUGAGAGAACAAGAUAGGGAGGGCGAUCCUAUGUUAGAGUACAUAAAACAAAAACAAAUAAAAGAAGGGAAACGAAAGCCAGAUCCGCCGCAAUAUCAAGGUUCAUACGCGCCAAAUCGAUUCGGUAUUAAGCCCGGUCAUCGAUGGGACGGGGUCGAUAGGAGCAAUGGAUACGAGAAGCAAUGGUUCGAAGCACAAAAUGCAAAAGUAGCGUUACAAGAAGAUGCCUAUAAAUGGAGUACAGCCGACAUGUGAUCAUGUUCACACAUAUUAUUAUAACAGAGGUUUUCGAUUCUAUUUCCAUCGAUCGUUAAUAACAAAGAAUCAAUAAAGAUUUUAAAUGUUUCGAUAAA